UUAUUCCGAUAUUAAUUGAUGAUUACCAAAGACUAUAUUUCAUAGAUUCGUUGGUAGCAGACGAUUCUGCGUCAAUUUAAAUAUUUUAUCCCAACCAUUUCACGCAAUAUACGUAAAGGUCGGCUUCUUUACACUCAAAACUUCAAUCAAUUAUUUAUAAAAAAAUAUUGGUUACCAAGCGUUGUAAUUGCAUUACCAGAGACCACCUUGAGAGCACCAAGAGUAAUUAAUAAUUAAAAAAUUAAUAAAUCAAAGUUGUACGGCUACGUUUAUAGUAGUGUUUUACUAUCCAACACUGCGAGGAUAUCACACGUGUUUGUUUCUAUACCGGACACCAUAGUCCGUGAAAACUGUUUUGAUACUACAACGUUUAGUCAUUAAUAAAGUUGAAAUAGUAUCAAAAUGAGCGAAGAAGCAGCGGUUGUUGUUGUUAAAGCUAAACCAGUGCGGAAAGUGUUCAAAGCUUCUGUUCGGGUUAACAAAAUACCUCAAGAAUUGCUGAAUGACCCACUGUUGAACGCGGCUAUUGCAGUUUUGCCGAACAAUUAUAAUUUUGAAGUUCAUAAAACGAUAUGGAGGAUUCGAGAAACAAAGGCGAAAAGAGUAGCCCUUCAGAUGCCGGAAGGUUUGCUAUUGUACGCAACAACUAUCGCUGAUAUUAUCGAAGAUUUUACGCAAGCCGAGACUGUUAUAAUGGGCGAUGUGACAUACGGAGCCUGUUGCGUUGAUGAUUUUUCAGCACGUGCGCUCAACGUUGACCUAUUGGUGCAUUAUGGGCAUUCUUGCCUCAUUCCUAUCGAUCAGACAGAAGGGAUUAAAGUUUUAUACAUAUUCGUUGACAUAAAAAUCGACACUGUGCACUGCAUCGAGUGUCUCCAAAUGACGUUACCUGUUAUCACCAGGAUAGCGCUUGUCAGCACAAUACAAUUUGCGGGAACUCUUCAAGCCAUUGCUAGUGAAAUGAGGAAAGCCGGAUAUGAAGUCAAUGUGCCUCAAAGCAAACCUUUGAGUCCAGGGGAGAUAUUGGGUUGUACAGCGCCACAAAUUCGAUGCGCCGAUGCGGUUAUUUACGUCGGUGAUGGUCGUUUUCACUUGGAAGCCGUCAUGAUCGCAAAUCCAAAGAUUCGAGCGUUUCGUUAUGACCCAUACGACAAAAAACUCACCGAAGAGUUUUACGAUCACGAGCAAAUGCGAAAGACAAGACGCGAGGCAAUAGAGUCCGCAACAAAAGCUGAUACGAUUGGUCUUGUGCUCGGAACACUGGGCAGGCAGGGCAAUCCAAAUGUCUUGAAAUGUUUGCAGCGUCGAAUAGAAACAUUAGGCAAACAGAGCGUCGUUAUUUUACUUUCGGAAAUAUUUCCAGACAAAAUUAGUAUGUUCGACGACAUUGACGCAUUCAUACAGGUUGCAUGCCCUAGAUUGAGCAUCGAUUGGGGAACAGCCUUCAAGAAACCCUUCCUAACGCCUUACGAGGGUGCUGUGACGCUCAAUCUUGCCCAAAACGAUGAGAGCAAACCAUACCCCAUGGACUUUUAUUCCUCAGCGAGUCUCGGUCCCUGGACACCAAAUCACAAGCCAUCCGAGCUCGAAAAGCAAAAUAACGCGUGUUGUGGCAAAUGCAAGGAAGGGAAAUAGUGAAAAAUGUUGAAAAACGAUACUCCAAUUUGUAAUAUAAAAAUAAUCAAGCGAA